CUUUCUUCUUCGUUAUCCCCUUUUUAUUUCAUUUUCAUGACAUCUUUGCAAGUUUUAGGAGCUGGCUUCGGCCGUACAGGCACUAUGAGCCUCAAGUAUGCUUUGGAUCAUUUAGGAUACAACACUCACCAUAUGCACAUGGUCCUCAUUGACAAUACUCAAAUACCAGAAAUCUUUGAAGAGGCUUACAAGAAUCCAGACGCUCCUGUUGACUGGGAUCGCGCUUAUCUUGGCUACAAUGCUGCAGUUGACUGGCCUACUACUGCUUUCUUUGACAAAAUCUAUAAGCUAAACCCAGAUGCUAAAAUCAUCUUGACUGUCCGCGACCCUGAAUCUUGGUUUAAUUCAGUUAUUAAAACUAUCCAUGAAUGGCCUGAAGUCAAUGAAACAUGGCCAACGCAAAUCAUUCGGGCACGAAAAAUGGCGCGCGUAGUGGUCCGAGAUGGUGAAUUAGGAGGUUCAGAUAUCAUUACUCGCAAGGAUCAGCUGAUGAAGAAGUUUGUAGACCAUAUUGAGCGUGUCAAAUCUAUAGUCAAGCCUGAGAAUCUAUUGAUCAUGAAACUCGGUGAUGGAUGGGAAGUGCUUUGUCCUUUCUUGGGGAAAGAGAUUCCAAAGGAUUUACCUUAUCCACAUAAAAACAAGGGAGAGAAUUUCGGAAACAUGCUAAAAGGCAUCAAGGAGCUCUUGGGUGAUCAAACUAAGGAUGAAGUUGAAGUAUUGAAGGUUUAAAACAUUCGAACCUCCUGAAACAAAAACAUUUACUCUAAAUAAAUGGACCCUUUUUUCCACCUUUUCUUUAAGUCGUCUAUUAGCUAAAACCAGUUUUUCUAGAAGUAAUUGACUAUUUUGUAAUUUAAAACAACUCUAGAAAAUAUUAUACAUG